CAGCUCCCUGCGCAGCGCUCGCCCCCCUGUCCCCGCGCUCCUAGCACUGACUGAGGCCAGCUCCUGUGGGCGAUUGCAUGGAGAACAGCAUCGCUCCGGCGCUCUUCCAGCAGCCCCUAGCACUGAGCCCAGCACGCCUGUCUGGUGCCUGGGAACAGCUCGGUUCUGGGUCCCUUUUACCAGCCUCCGCCCUGGGAGCAGCGGCGGUGUGAAUUGAAUCGGCAUCGUCAGCCAGGCUCGGGGUCCCCUGUGGCAUUUUGCUGCCCCCUGUGCGAUGCACGAGGGACCAGCUCUGCCAGGGGUCCCCAGCGAGAUGCAGAGGGAACAGCGGGGCUCUCUUCGUGCAGCGCCCAUUUCCCUGACAUGCCCGGGGACAGCUCCUCUGGGAUUUGGUCUGCAAAUACAGUGUUACCAGUGUGAAGAAUUCCAGCUAAAUAAUGACUGCUCUGCUCCAGAGUUCAUUGUGAACUGCACAGUGAACGUUCAAGACAUGUGCCAGAAAGAAGUAAUGGAAAAAAGUUCUGGAAUCCUCUAUCGCAAGUCCUGCGCAUCUUCUGCAGCCUGUCUAAUAGCCUCUGCCGGAUACCAGUCUUUCUGUUCCCCAGGAAAAAUGAACUCUGUUUGUAUCAGCUGCUGUAAUACUCCACUCUGCAAUGGACCCCGGCCCAAGAAGAGGGGGAAUUCUGGCACAGUGCCCAAGGCAGGCAUAUUAACUACUAUUUUGCUCUUAAAAUUGGCUCUUUUAUCAUCAGUGCAUUGCUAAAC